CCCCUAUUUCCUUUACGGUCUUGACACGUAUUUCCUCAUUCACAUCUGCACCGGUUGUUCCUUUCACCCAUACUUUCUCGCAUCAUAUUAAUAGGCCAGCCCAACGACUCUAUCCCGGAAGCUCCGUGGGGCCGAUCAUGAGAAUAAUGCAUCUGUCGGGAAAGUCAAGCCGAUACAUUGCCAAAAAACUCAGCCUCAACCAUAGAAUCGUUGGAGCCAAUAUCAAGAAAUUUCGAGAGAACGAUUCCAUGGAGUCGAAAGCGAGCCCUGGACGAUCAGGAAAACUCAGCGAGGGAGCGGAGAGGGCCACCUAUCGUUCCGCCCUCAAAGACCGUUCUGCCACCUUGAACGACAUGAUAAAUUAGCUGUGUGUGAGCGAAUAUUGCAACGGGAUCUCUGCGCGACAGCUUAUCUCAAAGCCAUUUCGUAUACUCAAAUAGAAAAAAGCGUGGCACAGCUUCGUAUUGGAAUACAGGAAUUGGACGAUUGAGAAAUGAAAGCGGGUUUCCUGGGCUGAUGAAUUCUCAUUCGAUAUUGGGAAGAACUACCGUUGCUAUUACAUUUGGGGAAAGGAGAAUGAGAAACUCAGGCCUAAUUGCCUCAAGUUCAAAUUCAAGGGCGGAUAGUUCUCAGUUAUAGUUUGGGACGCGUUUGCGGACGAUCGGAAUUCCGGCUUGAUCAUCAUUCCACGAGGGAGACGCACCGCAGUCGAUUUCGUUAACUUGGUCUAUAACGGCGAGCUUCUUGAUUUCUUAGACACAAUCUCUGGCGAUGUCUUGAUGGAGAAUGGCGCCCUGUACACACUGCCGAGGUUUCGAACACUUGGCGAGAAACACAGCUCAUCGAGGAGUUCAAAUAACCUGCGAAUUCACCAGACCUGAUCUUAAUUAAAUAUAUUAG